AUACACUUUUGCUGUCAUACUGUUCUACGGCACAACUGUCAACUGUGUUUGGCUGGAAAACAAUUGGACGCACAGACGCAAUUUGGCAGCGGAAAGUGCUUGCAACAAUAUUUUAAUAUUUUUAGUAGUGUAUCUAUUGCAUUUUACGUUAAUACACGCUACAAAACAUUGUGCCGUGAAGAACACGAUCCAAGGAAAGUGCAGUGACGAUAGCGUGAACGGUGCACUGGUAUUAUUACCGUUUGCCGCUGUACUAAACCAACCACAAACAUGGAUCAGAUGCUGCCCAGUCCGGGAUUUUCGAUCCCGAGCAUCGGUACGCCGCUGCACCAGCCGGAAGAGGACCAGCAGAUUCUUCCGCACGCCUACCAGCAGCAGCAAUCCAUGCCGAACAUGACACCGAUGGGUGGCCUUAGCUCUAGCAACUACACAAUGCCGGCUAUCGGUUCGUCGUCCGGCAAGAGCAUGCACACGUACGCUCCGAGCUUCUCCGCCCCACAGAACAUGAUCCAGCCACAGACACCGCAAAGUCUAAUGUCUCCGAUGGUACCGAUGACGGAAUCGAAGGCCGCUGCUACGCCCAGCCAAACACAGGGCAGCGGUGGCAGCGUCCGGGAUCCGGAAAACAUUGGCAGUGUAAAUAUCCACCAGACGAUGGGCCCCGCCACACCGAUGACGCCGAUGACACCGAGCGAACCGGCCAUCCUACCACAGCUACAAAACAUCGUCUCGACGGUGAACUUAAGCUGCAAGCUCGAUCUCAAGAAAAUUGCCCUGCACGCUCGUAACGCCGAGUACAAUCCGAAACGGUUCGCCGCGGUCAUUAUGCGCAUUCGGGAACCGCGUACCACCGCACUGAUUUUCUCCUCCGGCAAGAUGGUGUGCACCGGGGCGAAAAGUGAGGACGAUUCGCGGCUGGCAGCGCGCAAAUACGCUCGCAUCAUUCAGAAGCUGGGCUUUACGGCCAAAUUCCUUGACUUCAAAGUACAAAACAUGGUCGGCAGCUGUGACGUGCGGUUUCCGAUUCGGCUCGAAGGGCUGGUGCUGACGCACGGACGGUUCAGCUCGUACGAGCCGGAACUGUUCCCCGGGCUCAUCUACCGUAUGGUGAAACCGCGUAUCGUACUGCUGAUCUUCGUGUCCGGUAAGGUUGUGCUAACGGGUGCCAAAGUGCGGCAGGAGAUCUACGAUGCGUUCGAGAACAUCUACCCGAUUCUGAAGAGCUUCAAAAAGCAGUAGUUUGCUCGUAAGGUCACUUUUGACAAUCGUUGUGUUUUUUUUUUUAAUUAAUUAUGAUUAAUCGCCGCGAUUAUCAGCAGCGUAAAGUGUAAGGAACGUACGAGGAGAAGUUUUCAAAUAAAAAGACAAAGCUGCAAGCCACCAUAUCCACGGCUUAACGGUUGUCUGCUUGUUUGUAGCUAAUAA